AUGGAGCCGACCAGCGCGGAGUGCAUCCCCGGGGAGAUGAAGCUGGCCGCCAUUGAGAGUGUUCCAGGCAUCGCGGAGAUGGACUGCGCGGAGAGCGUGCCCGCUGCGAUAGAGGUGGCCAACACAACGGUUGCUCCCGACAUGAUGGGGUCGACCAGGUUGGAGAGCGCCCCUGCAGUGAUGGAGGCUGCCAACAUGGCGAGUAGCCCAGCUAUGAUGGAGAUUUGCAGCCCGGAGAGUACGCCCGUUGUGAUGGAGGUUUCCACCCGUGCUUUGAUGGAGUCGUCCAGCGUGGAGAGUGUCCCUGCGGAGGCGGAGGUUGCCAACAUGGAGCGUGCUCCGGCAGGGGUGGAGACGGAAGACACGAAGAGGAUCAACGCUGUGGAGGAGAACACCAACAUCACAGGCGCUCGGGCCCUGGUGGAGUCGUCCAACGUGCAGAGUGUCCCUGCGGAGGAAACGGAGGGUGCCAGCAUGGAGACGGAGGGUGCCAGUAUGCAGAGUGCUCCCGUCGUCGCUGAGACAGAAGACACGAAGAACGUUGACGCUGUGGAGGAGAACAUCAGCCUCACAGGCGCUGGGGCCGUGAUGGAGUCGACCAGCGUGGAGAGUGUCCCUGCGGAGGAAGCGGAGGGUGCCAGCAUGGAGAGUGCUCCAGUCGUCGCUGAGACAGAAGACACGAAGAGAAACGGAGGGUGCCAGCAUGCAGAGUGCUCCAGUCGUCGCUGA